AUGUAUACAAGAGUUAAAUUGGCAAUGUUUUUUAGAUCAUAUGAUGUCUUUUAUGGAUUUCCUGAAAUUCACUCAAGUCCUAGUACACCUGACCAAUGUUCAGAUGUAGAAGGUACACGAGAUACAAGAGGUACAAGAGGUACAGAAGGUAGAGGAGAUAUUGGAGGUACAGGAGGAGGUGUUGGAGGUACAGGAAGUAUUGGAGGUAUAGGAGAUAUGGGAGGUAUAGAAGGCACAGGAAGUAUAGGAGGUAUUGGAGGCAUAGGAUGA